AUGACGGACGCCCUGGGCACGGCGUGCAUGGGCAACCCGUGUGUGCCCAUCACGCCCACGCCCAUCACGGCGGUCAACAAGUGGAACCCCGUGCCUGUCAUGCGCUGCGACCCCGUGCCCAUCCAAGCCGCUCAAGCGUCGGCGCUGCAGGCGAUGGUACCGGGGCUGUGGACGCAGCCGACGUGCACCAUAGCAGGGCAGGCAUACAUCAGCGGCACACUGCCCCGGGUCUUCUGCAACCCCUCCGGCAUGGUCCUCGACAUGUACGCCCCCUUUUUCUUCUCGCCCCUCCCUCCUCCCUUCCCAACCCACGCCCGCUCCCAUCCAUGCCGGUUAUGCUGGGCGUCGGGUUUCUUCCCUACUGACGUCGUGAAGCUCUCCAUGCUCUCCAGACUGGACCUGUCGGUCAACCUCUUCUCCAACCGCCUCGACACCUUCCUCGCGCCCUUCAUUCCCCUCAAGUCCCUCGUCUCCCUCCGUCUCCACCAGAACUACUUCUCGGGCUCCUUCCCAGCCAACAUCUCCGCCCUCACUGCCCUCACAGAACUUGGAGCGAGCUACAACUACCUGUACGGGUCCAUGCCCACUCCAGGCGCGGCACUCAAGGCCAUUGCCCUAGAUGGCAACUGGCUGUCGGGCACCUUCCCCGGCGCCGGCUUCUCCUCCUGCUCCGCCACCGCCAACUGCCUCGCCAGCAUCGGCGCCUGCACCACACUUGGCACCGUGCAGCGCGAUGCGACUGCCUGUCCUGUCUGCGACACGCUGGACGGCUCGGGCACCGUGUGUGGCGGCGGCACCUGUGCGCCCGACACAACUGGGCCUCUCGCCAGCAGCACUCCCAACAGCGCCACGGCAGCAGUGCUGCCGCGCUUCUGCGUGGGCGUGCCACUGGAUGCAACUCAGGGCAACAUCCUGUUAGCUCUCAAGACCACGCUGGGAGUCACCUUCUCUGACUGGACCGCCGCCACGCUCGCCGCCCCCAAGGCCACCUCGCCCAAGCCCAAGGCCGGGAAGCGGCGCGAGCUGCAAGGAAGGGGGUCAGGGCUGCUGUACGACUGGAAGGCGGUGGGGUCGUGCACCAUCGAUGGCCAGACGCCCAUCGCUGGGUCAUGGACCGGCGUGCGCUGCUCUCCGCUUGGCCAGAUCGUCGGCCUGGACCUGAGGAGCCAGCUGUUGAGUGGCACAGUGCACUCCGACAUCAGCAAGCUCUCCACCCUCACCUCGCUGCGGCUGUCAUCUAACCUCUUCUUCAAUCGCCUUGACUCCUACAUCGUGCCCAUCACGCCCGCCGCAACCCUCAAGGAGCUCUUCAUCAACUUCAACUGGUUCUACGGCACUGUCCCCACCACGAUCGUCAACAUGCUGGCCCUCACCUUCCUGUAA